CACAAGGUAAAUGGCAGGAAUGUGGUUUGCUGGCUGAAAUAUCCUGAUAAAAGGAAGAAGAGGAUUUCUCCCCAUGAAUGGACACAUCGAUCUGCGUUUACCGUUGUCCCUACACGAAGUGGUGCUAAAAACCUGUACAGCAGGGAGUUGUCAGAACCCAGACCUCGAGGUGCCUGGUGUCCUGCAGGCCAGCCCUGCCACUCUUGGUUUGUGUGUACCUUGCAUCAGGCAUGGUGUAACUGUGUGGGAGAACGGAGCCUGCAGGACACUAGUCACUCAGGCCCGGAAGGAGUACUCAGGCUAGAGCUUUUUGAUGAUUUGGGGUGUUAACAUGCAUUUUGACUUCCCAGUUUGACCUGAUAAUCCUGCUUUCAUGUUAAUUUGCUACGUGCAUUUUUUUUUUCAUGAGGAUUGGUCUUUAUUAGAAAUAGAUAUAUUUCCAUCAUGCGCAAACAGCAGUACCCGGCAACCUUUGGAUGACAGGGGGGCUGUGGCAAUUGUAGAUAAGUAGUGUCACCAUGAAUCACAUUAAUACCAGGAGUGUCAUGCAUGCAGCCGGCCCUCUAGCCUGCGCUUUGUACACCCCCAGCCCUUGAGCCUGUGUGCUUCCACUAGGUGGAGGCUCUUCCUCCCUCUAGCCUCCGUUUCUCCCCUCUGCCCCCGUCAACCCCGGAGCUCCCUAUGUUAACCCUCUUGAGCAUGUUUUACUAUAUCUGUCUGCGGCGACGCUCCAGGAGUGGGACUCGAGGUGAGGCUCUGACCAGUCGACGGGCCGUGGAGUCAGGUCAGCGAGCGGUGUUGCCGGUCAGUGUGGAGGUGGAGCAGUAUGCAAAGGAGGUUCUGGACUUCAGUUCCCACUAUGGCAGUGAGAAUAGCAUGUCCUACACCAUGUGGAACCUGGCUGGGGUACCCAACGUGUACCCCAGCUCAGGGGACUUCACCCAGACGGCUGUAUUCAGAGCUUAUGGGACUUGGUGGGAACAGUGUGCCAGUGCUCCGCCACCUUUCCGCCGCACCCCUAAAGGCUUCUACAGCCAGGAUUAUAUUGAGCUGGGCUUUGAGGAGCCUGUCUAUCCUACAGCAGUAGAGGUGCUUGAGACUUAUUACCCUGGAGCUAUUGUCCAGAUCCUGGCCUGCUCUCACAACCCCUUCUCCCAGAACCCACCUACUGAUGUCAGGUGGGAGGUGCUGUGGUCAGGGGAGCCCACCAAGAUGCUGACCCCCCAGGCGCGCCAGUUUUCCCCUAACAUCAAGCAUAUCAGCUUCCCUACCAACCUGCUGCGUGUGGAGGUCAACAGCUCUUUGCUGGAUUACUACACUGAGCUGGAUGCUGUUAUUCUCCGUGGAGUAAAAGAGAGGCCCAUGCUGGCCCUAUAUAAGAUGCCUGUCAUCGACAUUUGUGACCUGAGUGACAGUGAGGAGGAGCUGUCUGAUAUGGGCGGGCCUUUCCGGCAAGGAGGAGAUGGCAAGCACCAGAGGACAGGAAAUGGCUUCUUUGACAAGCUGCCCUAUGAGCUCAUCCAGCUGAUACUGAGCCACCUGACCCUGCCAGACCUCUGCCGUCUGGCCCAGAGCUGUAAGCUGCUGCACCAGCACUGCUGCGACCCACUGCAGUACACCCAGCUGAGUCUGCAGCCCUACUGGGCCCGGCUGAGUGACGCUUCUCUGGGACACCUGCAGGGCCGCUGCACCCUCCUCCAGAGGCUCAACCUGUCCUGGACUGGCAACCGUGGAGCUCUCACCCUGACCGGCUUCAGCAGUUUCAUGAAGGCUUGUGGUCUCAGCUUAGUCUGUCUAGAGCUGUCGUGCUGCCAUUUCCUGAACGAGGCCUGUCUGGAGGUCAUCUCGCAGACUUGUCCAGAGCUGCAAGAGCUCAACCUGUCCUCCUGCGACCGUCUCCACCCGCAGGCCUUCACUCACAUCUCUAAACUAAUCCGUCUACGCAGGCUGGUGCUCUACCGGACCAAGAUAGAGCAAACAGCUAUUCUGAGCAUCCUGACUUUCUGCAUUGAGCUGAGACACCUCAACCUAGGGAGCUGUGUGUGGAUUGAGGACUAUGACGUUGUGGCCAGUAUGCUGGCUGCUCGCUGUCGCUCACUCUGCUCACUGGACUUGUGGCGUUGCAGAAACCUGACAGAUCGAGGCCUAACCGAGCUCGUCUCCGGCUGUAGGAUGCUGGAGGAGUUGGACCUGGGCUGGUGUCCCACACUGCAGAGCAGCACUGGAUGUUUCCAGUACCUUGCCCGCAGUCUGCCACGCCUGCGCAAACUCUUCCUCACCGCCAACCGCACCGUCUGCGACUCAGACAUAGAGGAGCUGGCUGCCAGCUGCCCCUCACUGCAGCAUCUUGACAUACUGGGUACGCGGUUGGUGAGUGCUGCGUCGCUGAAGAAACUCCUCCAGUCGUGUCCUCGACUUCUCCUCCUGGACAUCUCCUUCUGCUCCCAGAUAGACAUGCGGGUCGUCCAAGAGCUCUGUGGCCUCUUCCCCAAUGUUGCCAUCAAGAAGAGUUUCACUCAAUGACCCCAGCACCGUUUCAUUUCCCACUGUCCAGAGGAAGUAAGAGCGGGGAGGUGCUCACCAGCAAACACUGCCCCGGAGUGAAUAAGAGGUCAGACGCUGGAGGAGAUUGCAGACCUGCCUCGAUCUGUAUGACAGACAAGACCUUUUGGUCGUCAGUAAAUAAAGCAGUUGGACUGGGUGAGGCGGUUCUACAGACUCCUAGUUAAGGAUUAUAGAACACAAGACUUUUUUGUUGUUAUUUUUUGGACGCUUGAAAUCAGGGUUGUUGCAGUAGAACUGCUUCAUCUUCCCAGAAUAUCAAUCACCACUUAUGUAUUGCAAGAAGCACAGGCUAUAAAAUAUGUCUUGCUACUGGAGGACACACAAACAAACCAAUAUUUGUGAGAAAUCCUCCCUGGAACAUCUUGUGAAGACAAUGAAAAGGGACAAAAAAAAGUAUAAAACAUACCCUUAUCGAAAACUGUGAGAAAAACUAGCAUUUGGUAGUCCUAUACUCAUGAUAGCUGGUAACAGAUUUAAAGAUCAGGGCCUUGGUCAGUGCCUUGUCAGAAUGUGCAGCCAACAUGGACUAUUUUAAUGCAUGAUGGUCAUUCUGACGGCAUCUGUCAACAUCAACAUAAAAAAUGCUGUUGUGUUCAGAGGUUUUGGGAGCGUUAAAGGUGAAACAAAGGGGUGAACGCAGCCUUAAUUCACACACUGCACUGUGUGGAUUGUGCCAACUUAAACCUUAAUGCAAGUAUCACAAGUUAUUUGUUGCUGCAAACUGACUUCAGAAUCAUACACAAAGAUGUCAUGUGUAAGUGAAACAAAAACAACUCACCAUCAACUGUCCUUGCACCUGAGAUUCACUAACAACAUGUUUGUAUAAAAGAAAAAAAACACGUGAGAACUUGUGAAAAACCAAACUGGAACAAAGUUAAUGUUAAUUUACACGUUCUGUAAAUGCAGAAGUAGAAAAAACACCCGAGGCAUCAAAUCAACAGCAGACAGAACGACUCAUUUGAAAUAAGAGCAGUGAGAAGUAACAGUUCAAGAGUCUAAAACCCAAAGAUGUACAAUAUACAGCAGCAGAAAACAGAGAACAGCAGCUAAUCCUCACUUGGAAGAAGGUGAAACCAGUGACUGUUUGACAUUUAGCUUUGCUUUUAAAAAUAAUGACUGAAACAAUUAGUACAUUAUCUAAAGUUUUAUUCUCAAUUGACCUUUUAAUGAGUUGCCUAAUAACUUCAGGUCUAAUCUGUCGACCUGACAGCUCUGAUGCCAGAAAUCCAUUUAAAAUUUUCCAAUAGCAUUAUAUGGAAUAGUUUUCCACCAUACUUUACUCUACAGAUGGAUAUAACAAUGAUAUAUAAAUUAGAAAAGAGCUCUAAUUGAGAUUGUGGCAUGGUGGUUGCCUUCUUAAUCAAAUACACAAGGCUUAUGUUAAACCGAACUUUUCAUUUAAUUUCCUAAUUUCUGUUUAAAUCUGCCGUUUAAUUGAAAUAGCAUUUUUUGUUCAGUUACGUUUUUGGUUAUGUGAGGUUCUUCUAAACACUUUAUCUGACCCAAGUAAAGCAAAACUUCGGGUCAGGUUUUGAAGUCAGCUUUGCCAACGUUAAUGGUAUUAAACUGAUAAUCGUGCAUGCUCAGGUCAUACAGGUCAUUCCUUUUGUCAUUAGUAAUUGUUUUGGCCAUUAUUUUUUAAGGGAUUGGGAAGGGGGUGGUAGGCUUUAGGUCGCAGACACACAGUUUUGUCUCCAGAGCUAAAUGAAUAAGUUUGAAUGUCGCUGGUCCCACAGUGCUUUCAUGAUGUGGCAUGUUUUUCCUGUUGUUAUUUACAUAAAGCUGUUUGUCACUGCUGUUAAACUACAGCCACCUACUUAUGUUCUUACCUACCAAAAUGGAGUUCUACCGAUGGCAAGGAGUACUGCGACUUAAGAUGAGGAUAGUAUGUUAAAAUAACACCGUGUAAAUACUCUGCGUGAUCUCAGUGUUUGUCCUGAAACUCAGGGGUUAUAUAUUUCAACUGGUUUUAAUUUUUUUUUUUAAACAUAUAUUUUACUCCAGAAACCAGCACAACAGACAUCUUUCUAGACAGUAACUGAGUCUGCUUCAAGGUUACCUGCCAUAAGUGUUGCUCUUAAACAACAAAUACACAUGACAGAAAUGAUUAGCUAGCACUGAAGUAACUUAGAAAAAGGAAAAAAUUAUAGCUUAUUGGGUGUUGAAUGUUGAAGUAAUUGUAUGAUUGUGAAAAAUAUAUUCCUGUUAUUAAUUAUUUAAUUUUUGUAAUAUAUAAAGCCACAUUUGCAAUGUGUAAGCAUAAGUGCUUGAAAAGCAUUUCUUUUUUUUUUUAAAAACUUGAAGUUUUCUUUUGAGCACAUGCUAUUAGUCAAUAUUUGUGCCUUAUACUCCUGUUUGAAUGUGGUGUGAUGUCCAUGUGGUAUAGACUGUAGUGAAGUGCUUUGCUUUUAUGCCCUUCAACCAAAGUAAUACACAGAAACCUGGUCAUUAGUCCCACUAUUAUAUUUGACCAGUUUAUAUGCCAUAUAUUGUAUAUCAGCCAUGUUAAUUAAUAUGCAAAAUUAUAUUUAUUUAUACUUC